AUGUCAGAAGGGCAAGCACGCAUAGGGUUACUUCAAGCUAACAACCUAAUUAUGUCGUCUACCAUCACCUGGGAGGAAUUGGCUCCUAUAAUGGAAAAUAGAUGUAACGACGCAAUAGUGUCAAGAAGAAUCCAAUUCUUAAAAGAUUUGCUUAACCUAGUUGAAGGUGAAACACUAGAAACACCUCAAUUGGCUCAAAUAUCAAUGAACUUAUUAAAGACUUUUGUUAUAUAUCAAGAUACCAAAUCAAAAGAUCUAGUUAUCUCAAUUUUUCACGCCAUUCUACCUUUGGAACCUCGUCUUUUGGAGAAAUAUAUUACUUUUAUUUUGGAACAAGUUUCUAAAUACCCAGGAACUAGGGCUCUAUCCGACUAUUUAAAUUUAUUUGACUGGAUCCAUUCCUUUUUGGAAGUAAUUGCUACGGAUUCCUCGAGGUUUGAGGAACUUAUCCCAAAAUUAUUGGAAGUCCAUUGUUACACAACUUAUGGUAUUGAAACUGUACUUGAUAAUCAAGAAACUACUAAGAAAACUCAUUUCAGACGUAACCAGCACAGAAAGAGGAUUCGUGAAUCUGUUCUUCAAGCAACCAGCAAAACAUUUACCCACUGUUUCAAGCACAAUGGUAAUGCCUCGUCCUACUUCAGUGCUAUUUGCAAGAUCGUCUUGGAAGACCAUACCAAGUUAAAACUUCCAGUAACAGGUGUUGUUGUUAUAAUGGGUGCUCUAACGCAAUCUUCCAUACAGCUAGCCCCAUCACAACCAGCAUUACUCCAUGAACUGAAGGAGAAAUAUGCGGAAAAAUACAUUGAAUUUAUUGGAAAAGAAAUAAUAAUUGGCAAAAAUCCUCCAUCCACAUUUUGUCUAGAAAUUUCUUUAAAUCCCUUCUUGAAAGAGUUCCUAACAGAAGAGUCUUUCAAAUCACAACUACUUCCAAAUUUAGAAAAGGCUAAUUUAAGAUCUCCGGAGUCAGCAUUCGCUAUUGCUGCCGAGCUUUACGCCGGUGUUAAUGCAAAGAAUAUUAAUUUGUUGAAUAUUUUCACAUCUUCAAAAUUAAUGACUCAAUCAUUCUCAUCAUUUAAGAGCUCAAAAGAAGCUGUAAGAGAUAUCUCCUUACAUUCCGUUAUUACGCUUUUCGAAUCAAUUGACAUUGAAAACGUUGAUGAAAGUGAUCUACUUAAAUAUGUCGAUGAAAUUUUCAAGAAUAUCAAAUCCAACUUGAAUGCAGAUUACAAGUCUCUUGUGUCAAAAAUAUUAUUCGCAAUUCCCUCUUCCUUUGAACAAGUCUCUGCAAAGAUUGCUCAAGAUCUAUCAAUCUACGUUACUAAAGAAGGUAAUGAGAAUGCUUUGAACAUAAUGUUAUUGGCGUUCUUUUCUCAUUACCUUACUCUAUCACAACCCUCAGCUGAUAUAAAUAAGCUGAUAAAAAACGGUUUUAAGGAAAAGAAGCCAAGUUUAAAGAAAUGCUGGUUUACUUCCUUGUUGGAGAUGUCUGCCAAAUCCACGAAAGAAAUGCUUGAAAGUUUUGAAGCUGAGUGCCUAGAAUUCAUUUCAGAAACUUUAUCUCAUCAUUUUAAACAUGACCACAAAAAUAUUCUUGCAUGUCUAAUCUAUUUUGACGCGGCAUAUACUCUAGGAAUAACUGAUUUACAAGAAAAACUACACACCGUGAUAUCAUCGCUCCCUAAAACGUCUAUUAUUGGAGCUGCAUUCGUUAAUGUUGCUCUGUCAAGAACCCUAGUGUCUAGUGAUCGUCUUGAAGGUGUUAAACUACUUUAUACCGCGUUUGCCAGAGAACCAGAAUUAAUCGGCUUGUCUGUGGUUGAAGCAUUAGAGGAGAAGCUACAACAAUCGCAGCAAUUGAUGGAUGGUUCUAUAUCAUAUAAAUACAUUGCUCCUGUGUUUGGCGCAAUCUCCCAACCAAUCGAAAACAAUGAACUUUCGAUUAGAGUCUUAAUCCAAGAAUUAAUAGUUUCUCAAUUUUCUGGUUUUAAUCUUAAAAAUGGUUGGGCUGGUUUAGUACUUGGUGCUGGAAAAGAUCCAGCUACUAUCACCGCUGAAAAUACGAAAGAUAUCAUAGAUAAGAUUAUUUCAAUUUCUGACGAUACUAGCCUUCUUAAAUCGCCCCUUCAUGUAUGUGCAUUGAAGGCUGCUGCCUAUGCAUCUUUCAUUAAUCCAAAUGCUUUUGCGCCAGAAAUAGCUACUAUUAUUAAAAAUGAUUUAGCGGUUGGCAAAAUUCCUGAUCUUACUGAAGAAGAUUUUGAGAUUUUGGCAGGUGAAGAAGGUACAAUGGUAAUUAACGUGCUAGAAAAGAAAAUGGAUAACAAACUUACAGAUAAAAAUACAAAGGAUUAUGAGACUUUAAAAUGGGAACAAAGUAUUAGAAAAGAGCAAUCAAAAAAGACGAACAAGAAAUUAACCAAAGAGGAACAAGAACUUGUAAACAAGCAACUAAGUACGGAAUCUGAGAUUAGACUUAAGCUUACAAAAUUUAUUCUACGUAUAUCUCGUUCGGUUGAAUUAAUCAAAUUUUUAAGUAAGGAUGCUACUUUAGUCGAUAAUGGUAUUACAACAUGGUUCCCAGUUGCCGUUAAUAAUCUUUUGAGGUUGGCUCAGGAAAAGAAUACGUUCAAAUUAGUUAAUAAUUCAAUAAUUGAUGCAUUCUUAGGACUUUCUGCAAAUUUUUCUGAUAGACUUGGACCUUUGAGAUUUUUCCUUGGUAUUGCCAUUCUCCGUGUUUAUAAUGUCUGCAAUAUUCCAGAAAAUUUCCUAGCUGAAAACUUGGAUGAUUUACUGUCGAGAGUCCUCUUUAGAAUCAAAUUUAUCUCAAAUCAAAAGGCUUUAGACCCAAUCAGUUUAACCUUCUUACUUCCUCUGUUAAUUAAUGUUUUAGAGGAAGGUAAAAGAGUUGCAAUAAAAAACUCUGAUAAACCCGUAGCUAAAACUGAAUUCAUGGAAGAAGACAAAGAGGAGGAGCAUUUGUUAUUAGCAAUGGAGAUUAUUUCUGUCCAUGCAGAAGCCUUCAAAGACCCUUCUAUCCCCCGUGUACCAAUUCUCCAAGUUCUUCUAUCUUUAUUGGGCCUGCCAUCAAAGGCAAAAAUUGCAAAGGACUGUUUCAAUUCUCUUUGCCAAAGUAUUUCAUUUGCUCCAAAUCAAGAGGAUCUAGAUAUUAUAUUAUCAAACGUUCUUUCCCCUAAUACAUUUGUCCGUUCUACCAUCUUGGAAACGAUCGAUAACGAAUUUGAAUUGGAACCUUUUAUGAAAUUUUCUCCUGAGAUUUUUAUCUCUAAAUUUGACUCAGAAGAUUUUAACCGCGAGACAGCUGAUUUCAUCUGGGAGUUCAAUAAGUUCGAAAUCAACGAUUUGCUAAUUGAAAAAUUACUGUCCUUCUUUGACCAAUCUGACAGUGGGCUUCGUUUAUUUACUGCCAAGGCCUAUGUGUCAGCUUCUCUUUACGUCUCCACUAAUAAUUCAACUAAAUUAAAUAAAUACUUAGGUAUGCUGAUGAAGUUCUAUUCAGAAAAAGCUAAACCGCUAGAAGAUAUUAUUGAUGAAUAUGGAUUGGUUGUCGUCACAGCUGCUGAACGCAAGGAUCCAUGGCAAGAAAGAAGUACUGCCGCUAUAGCUCUUAAAGAGUUCGCUUCUGGCUUACCCGAUGAAGAUGAAUGUAUUGUCGAUGUUAUUGGCUUUUUAGUUAAUGAACAUGGAUUAGGAGAUAGAGAACCGCUAGUACGUCAAGAGAUGAAGGAGGCAGGUAUCGAGAUAAUUACUGAACAUGGGUCCAAAAUGUCAGAAAAAUUAAUUCCAAUUUUCGAAAGAUCGUUGACCUCUGAACCAGAAGCCUCUAUAAAGGAAAAUGUUAUUAUUCUUUAUGGUACGCUUGCGAGACAUUUGGAUAAGGAUGAUUCGAGAAUUCAUAUUAUUAUAGAUCGUUUGCUUUCCACUCUUGAAACACCAUCAUCAGAUGUGCAACAAGCCGUAUCAGAAUGUUUGGCACCAUUGGUGUUCCAAUUUAAGUCUAAGGUCGAAGAUUAUAUCAACGACCUUAUGUCCAAGUUACUAAACCCAGCUCUACCAACGUCUAUCCGUAAAGGGGCUGCCUGGGGUAUUGCGGGGCUUGUUAAAGGUUAUGGUAUAUCUGCACUAAGUGAAUUCGAUAUUGUACGUAACUUGAUUGAGGCAGCUGAAGAUAAGAAGGAGGCUAAGAGACGUGAAUCUGUUGCAUAUGCGUUCGAGUACUUAUCUAUAUCAUUGAAAAGAUUUUUUGAACCCUAUGUUAUUGAGGUUUUACCAACCAUUUUGAAAAAUCUCGGUGAUUCUGUUCCAGAGGUACGUAAUGCAACUGCCGAAGCAACCAAGGCUAUCAUGGCACAUACAACAAGUUAUGGUGUGAUGAAGUUAAUUCCUGUCGCAGUUUCCAACUUGGAUGAUAUUUCCUGGAGAACUAAACGUGGUUCUGUUGAAUUAUUGGGUAAUAUGGCGUAUUUGGACCCAACUCAAUUAUCAACGUCGCUAUCUACCAUCGUUCCAGAAAUCGUUGGGGUCUUAAAUGAUUCUCACAAAGAAGUCCGUAAGGCUGCUGAUGAAUCUCUAAAGAGAUUCGGGGAAGUUAUUAGAAAUCCAGAAAUUCAAAAAUUAGUCCCAGUUUUGAUCCAAGCAAUUGGUGAUCCCACCAAAUACACUGAAGAUGCUUUAGAUGCCUUAAUCCAAACUCAAUUCGUGCAUUAUAUCGAUGGUCCAUCCUUAGCUUUGAUCAUCCAUGUUAUUCAUAGAGGUAUGCAUGAUAGAUCUGCAAACACAAAGAGAAAGGCAUGUAAAAUUGUUGGUAAUAUGGCAAUCUUAGUCGACACAAAGGAUUUGAUACCAUACUUGCAACAAUUAAUUGAUGAGGUCGAAAUUGCUAUGGUUGACCCUGUCCCAAACACUAGAGCAACUGCUGCACGCGCAUUAGGUGCCUUGGUUGAAAGAUUAGGUGAAGAACAAUUCCCUGACUUAAUACCCCGUCUAUUGGAUACUUUGAGUGACGAGAUGAAAUCUGGGGAUCGUCUUGGUUCAGCCCAAGCAUUGGCAGAGGUUAUCAGUGGUCUUGGUUUGAAUAAAUUAGAUGAACUGCUACCUACAAUCUUGGCUGGGGUUAAUAAUUAUCGUUCCUAUGUCAGAGAAGGUUUUAUGCCAUUAUUGCUAUUUAUUCCUAUUUGCUUUGGUUCACAAUUUGCACCAUACAUCAACCAGAUUAUCCAACCGAUCCUUUCAGGUCUUGCCGAUGUUGAUGAAAGCAUCCAUGACACUUCUUUGAAGGCUGGUAAACUGAUCGUUAAGAAUUAUGCUUCCAAAGCAGUCGAUUUGUUGCUUCCUGAAUUAGAAAGAGGUAUGUUCGAUGAAAACGAUCGUAUUCGUCUUUCUUCUGUUCAAUUAACUGGUGAACUAUUAUUUCAAGUUACUGGUAUUUCGUCCAGGAAUGAAUAUGCCGAGGAGGAGGGUGACCAUACUAAUGAGGCAUCUGGUAAAUUGGUGGACGUUCUGGGUCAAGAGCAUCGCGACAGAGUAUUGGCAGCCAUGUUUGUUUGUAGAAAUGACACAUCUGGCAUUGUCCGUGCCACUACAGUAGAUAUCUGGAAGGCAUUGGUACCAAAUACUCCACGUGCAGUUAAGGAAAUUCUUCCAACAUUAACAACCAUUAUCGUAACCCAUUUGGCAUCUUCCUCAAAUAUUUUGCGUAACAUAGCUGCUCAAACUUUAGGUGAUCUUGUUCGUCGUGUCGGUGGAAACGCUUUAUCUCAAUUGUUACCUACUUUGGAAGAAUCUUUGGAGGAAUCUUCUAACCCUGAUUCUAGACAAGGUGUUUGUAUUGCUCUACAUGAGUUAAUUGCAUCAUCAUCUGAAGAAUCGCUAGAGGAAUUCCAAGCUAUUAUCGUUAAUAUAAUUAGAACAACCUUAAUUGAUAGUAGUGAGACUGUUAGAAGAGCCUCAGCUACAGCAUUUGAUGCAUACCAAUCUGUUGUUGGUAAGCUCGCUGUUGAUGAAACCAUUCCAUAUCUAUUGCAUAUGUUGGAAUCGUCUGAAAGCUCCGAAUAUGCACUAUUAGGUUUACAAGAUAUUAUGUCCACUAAGUCGGAAGUUAUUUUCCCUAUUUUGAUCCCAACUUUGUUAACCACACCAAUAGAUGCAUUUAGAGCUUCUGCUCUUGGCUCUUUGGCCGAGGUUGCUGGGUCAGCAUUAUAUAAACGUUUGUCAGUCAUCAUAAAUGCCUUAGUGAAUGCAUUGGUUUCCGAUCAACCUAACGAGGAGACCAAAACCGCGCUCGAGACAGCAUUAGAUAAGGUUAUUUUAUCAAUUGAUGAAGAACAAGGUGUACAUCCAUUACUUCAACAGAUUAUGUCCCUCUUAAAGAGUGAAGACAAGGCCAAGCGUAUCGUUAUCUUAGAAAGAUUACCAAACUUCUUUGAAAAUACAGUGUUAGAUUUCGACUUAUACAUACCCGACUUUGUUUCUUUUGCCGUUUUAUCAUUGGAUGACAAGGAUCCUAGAAUUGUGGAAAGUAACUUUGCUGCGCUAUCAACAUUGAUAAAGAAGCAAGACAAAGCAAUGUUAGAAAGACUGGUCAAACCUGCCAAACAAUCAUUACAAAUUACUGGUGUUCAAGGUGAGGAUUUGGCAACAUUCAAGUUACCAAGAGGUCCAAGCUGUGUGUUACCAAUAUUUUUACAUGGGUUGAUGUAUGGGUCGAAUGAUGAACGUGAAGCCUCUGCCUUAGCCAUCGCAGAUGUUGUUUCUAAGACACCAUCUGCAAACUUAAAGCCAUUUGUUAGUGUUAUCACUGGUCCUUUAAUUCGUGUUGUUGGUGAAAGAUUUAGUAGUGAUAUCAAGGCCGCAAUUUUAUUUGCUUUGAAUAUUUUAUUUAUAAAGAUACCCCAAUUUUUGAGGCCUUUUAUCCCUCAAUUGCAAAGAACUUUUGUGAAGUCAUUAUCGGAUCCAACCAACGAAACUUUGCGUUUACGUGCUGCUAAGGCCCUUGGUACUUUAAUUGAAUAUCAACCUCGUGUUGAUCCAUUAGUAAUUGAACUAGUCGCUGGUGCUAAACAAGCCACCAACGAGGGUGUUAAAACUGCAAUGUUGAAGGCAUUAUUAGAAGUUAUAGUUAAAGCAGGUUCUAAAUUAAAUGAAACUUCAAAGAGUAAUGUUGUAAACCUGGUAGAGGAGGAAAUGCUUGGCAGUAAUGAUAAACUUGCUAUUGCUUAUGUUAAAUUAAUUGGUUCCCUUUCAGAAAUUUUAUCUGCCGAUGAAGCUCACAAGAUUUUGAAAGAAAAGGUUCUCGAAGCAGAUCUAGAUGGAGAUUCUGGUAAAUUCUCCAUUUUAACUCUAAAUUCCUUCCUCAAGGAUGCUCCAAAUCAUAUCUUUAAUCCAGAGUUGAUUAAUGAAUUUGUGGAAUAUAUUGUCACCGGGUUGAGAUCAGCUGACCCUUACUUUGGUGAAAACUCAGUUAUUGCUGCUGGUAAGCUGCUAUUGUUAGAAGGUGAAAACAAAUCACCAUUCUCAAAGAUACAAAGCUCGACGUCAUUUUCAGUUGGUGAAGAUAACAUUAAGUUAUUGGUUGAAGAAGUAUGCAAGUGUUCCUUAAAGCCUGCCAGCAAUUCAACUGACUGUAGAAGACUAUCUUUAGUCGUUAUUAGAACAUUGGCAAGAUUUAAAUUUGAACAAUGUAUAAAGCCGUACUUUGACAUUUUGGGACCUUCUAUUUUUGCAAGUUUGCGUGAUACUAUAAUUCCUAUCAAAUUAGCCGCUGAAAAGAGUUAUUUGUCUGUAUUUAGAUUGGUUGAAGAUAAGGACAUGGAUACAUUCAAUGAGUGGUUUAAUGGCUUAACAGGAGAUGUUACUACAAUUACCGGAACAACGAUUCAAUUAAGAUCCAUUGGUGAUUUCACGAAGAGAGUCGGUAAGAGAUUAGCUGGGGUCGAGAGAGAUAGAAUCGCUGCAGGUGGUGAUGCUGAAACAAUGUUUAGUGAUAGAAUCGAAGAUGAAAAGGAAAUCUGGGCUGUUGGUGGUGUCGAAUUAAGUAAUGAUAACAUCUAA